UAAACGCUUCAGUCCAUCACCUGUCAGAGCUGGGCUACCCCUCUAUUUGGUGGACAGGAUCUGAUCCCGGGAUCUGUUACCCCUUUCUUUUCUCCUAAUCAGGCAGAGAAAAAAUUGCAACCAUGACGAAGAACUGUCACAACGACUAUAAAAUGAAGUUCUCCGUGGAUGAGGAGUUCCCCGACCUCUCCCAGCACAACAACCACAUGGCCAAGGUGCUGACCAAGGAUAUCUACUCCAAGCUGAGGGGCAAGUCAACUCCCAGCGGCUUCACUGUGGAUGAUGUGAUCCAGACUGGUGUUGACAACCCUGGUCACCCCUUCAUCAUGACUGUGGGGUGCGUUGCUGGUGAUGAGGAAUCCUAUGAGUUCUUCAAGGAGCUGCUGGACCCAGUCAUCUCUGACCGUCAUGGUGGAUACAAGCCCACCGACAAGCACAAGACUGACCUGAACUUCGAGAACCUGAAGGGUGGUGAUGAUCUGGACCCCAACUACGUGCUGUCCAGCCGUGUUCGUACUGGCCGCAGCAUCAAGGGAUUCACCCUGCCCCCCCACAACAGCCGUGGAGAGCGCAGAGGCAUUGAGAAGCUGUCUAUUGAGGCUCUGUCCAGCCUGGAUGGUGAGUUCAAGGGAAAGUACUACCCCCUGAAUGGCAUGACUGACGCCGAACAGGACCAGCUGAUUGCUGAUCACUUCCUGUUUGACAAACCUGUGUCCCCUCUGCUGACUUGUGCCGGUAUGGCCCGUGACUGGCCUGACGCCAGGGGUAUCUGGCACAACGACAAUAAGACCUUCCUGGUCUGGGUGAACGAGGAGGAUCACCUGCGUGUCAUCUCCAUGCAGAAAGGAGGCAACAUGAAGGAGGUCUUCAGACGCUUUUGCACUGGCCUGCAGAAGAUUGAGGCGAUCUUCAAGAAGCACAACCAUGGCUUCAUGUGGAACGAGCAUCUGGGUUUCAUCCUGACCUGCCCCUCCAACCUGGGAACCGGCCUGCGUGGUGGCGUGCACGUCAAGCUGCCCAAGCUCAGCACACACCCCAAGUUUGAGGAGAUCCUGACCAGGCUGCGUCUGCAAAAGCGUGGCACAGGUGGUGUAGACACAGCCUCUGUAGGUGGUGUGUUCGACAUCUCCAACGCUGACCGUCUGGGCUCCUCUGAGGUGGAUCAGGUGCAGCUGGUGGUUGAUGGUGUCAAGCUGAUGGUUGAGAUGGAGAAGAAGCUCGAGAAGGGAGAGUCUAUUGAUGGCAUGAUCCCCGCCCAGAAGUAAAUUGGACAGACAACCCAUGACCGAGUGACUGUCUAUGUUUGCUCUUUUUUUUUGUUUUUUAUUUUAUAAAAAACUGAAUUUGUAGCCGUGUUUUAAAGUUAUUUUACUGGUUUCGGCCAAGUGGCUACAUUCGGCUUACUUCUUUCCAUCAAGACACUCCGUUAUUCUUUGUACUUCUUCCUUUCUUACUUCUGUUUAACUUAUUUUCUUUUCUGCCUCUAAUCUCCUUCAAUUUAAAUCCUCUUCCCAUCUUCUCUAACAUCCUGGGAUCAAUCCAUGCAUAGCCUGGUCAUGGCUAUGUAUACACACCAAAAAGAAAAAAAAAAUUUGCUUGUAAAAUAUAGUCUAUUAAACUAAGCCCCAUGUAACCAA